AUACAUUCUAAACCAAGAUGUGGACGAUUGCUUUGGGACUCCUAGUGUUGGCUAAAAUUGCAGUGUCUGCCCCAACAGACAAUGUAUAUUUAGGGUGUUUUAAAGAUGAAAUUAACAGAGAUCUUCCUUACAAGGCUUACGAGCAGAACGGUAACAAUACUCCAAGCUUGUGUAUUGAAACGUGUGCCGAAGCAGGUUAUAUGUAUGCAGCGGUGACGAAAGGACACAAAUGUUUUUGCGGAAAUUCCUACGGCAGAUAUGGCUCGGUAGCAGAAACAGAGUGCAGCAUGAAAUGCCCCGGUGACCGGACACAGAUGUGUGGCGCCUUUUUACGCUUGAAUAUUUACAAAACAUCGUUGGCCGAAAAUCCCUGUGGGUUCACAAUGAGUAGUGACGUCAGCAGUCCAAAUGUUACACACGAAUUCCCAAUCCAGACUCUGAGGGCAUUUCUCGUAAACACGAACGAUGUUCCUGAUUAUGCAGCCUUCCUUGAAUGUUGUCCCAAUGGGCCAAUUUCAGUAGUUGCCGAUCUGAGCGCCUUUGGCUGCAUGUCCGACUUGCAGGGUUCGUCCCCCUAUAUCGGGAUUCAGCAUGGUCCACCGAUAAAAGAUGAAAGUCUCUGCGACACACCGGAAAUGACACGACAAGGGCCAAUUAGGUUUUUGCUAACCGUACGAUCUCCUAAAGAGCCCAUAACCCCUUGGUCCGUUAGAUUUGAAUGCGCUGCAGAAUAGGCAGGCUAGGUGCAUUGAGGCAAAUAUCAAAUCUGACUGCAAAAUACAAAAAACACAUUAUUUUAGAAUGUGCAGUGAGCGUGGAUCUCAAUGGUUCAUCUUCACGUUUGGGUCUAAAAUAUUAUAUAAAAUUAAAUAAAAC